AUGAUCCUGGGCCUCGGCAUCGACAUCCUCGACCGCUCGCGUCUGGCCCGUCUGCUGCUGGUAAAGAAAGCGCGGCCCAGCCAACACCAGCCUCAGCGGAGCAUCCGGACGCGCUUGGCCGAGCGGAUCUUGAGUGGCCGCGAACGGGACAGCGUCGAAUGGCAGGCCGUCCUGGAAAAGGACGCAGCCUCCGGAUCUGACGGGGCGACUCCAUCGACAGAGUUGGUCAGUUAUCUAGCGAAUCGAUGGACGGCGAAAGAAGCGGCCUACAAGGCGCUCUAUCCGGGUUACCAGCCGAGCUGGAAGGAGCUCAGUUUGCUGAAGGGCGUGGCCAGCCAGCCCAAGAAGCCGGUCCUCCUCUUCCACCCUUCGUCUUCUCCCUCAUCCGGCUCGCGUUCCGAUCCCUACCAACUCCACCCCCACAUCACCCUUCUCGUUAGCAUCGCCCACGACGGGCCAUUCACCGUCGCUUCCGUCAUCGCUAAUUCUUCUUCUUCUUCUUCGGCGUCAACUGAGCACGAUAAUACCCGCAUCUCCUCCUCCUAA